GCAUUGGGUGUAUGCAAUGGAGUGGAAGUCUACUGGACAUUCAGAAACUCCCCAGCAGCGGGGUUGAUCUUUACAUUCGAGUGGCAUAUUCAGAGCUUGGUUCCUGCAACAGGAAGGAAGCAGAAACCUGAAGCAUCUCCUGAUGAUCCAACUGGAAACAUUCUUCGAGAAAAUACCCACCUAAUGAAACUUGAAGAGCUGCCAUUAUUUAGUUUUGAGAAUUUGGCAAAAGCAACUGACAACUUUCAUGCUGCUAAUAAGCUUGGGCAAGGUAAUGCUUGUUCAUUCGGGGCUUCAGGUGGUAUUGAACAAAAUACGAUUCAUUUGAUGCUUAUUUUUCCAAAGAAAACUUCCAGAUGGACAAGAAAUAGCUGUGAAAAGGCUUUCAAGAUCCUCUGGACAAGGGUUACAGGAGUGUAUGAAUGA